AUGUUGCCGAAAACCCUGAUUCUGGUUCUGAUCCUGACGAUUGUCGUCUGCUGUUUCUCGGCAGAACUGCCCAGAAACGCUUACUUGCCGCCGUUCCUGAGCUUCCAAAGGCCUGCAGAAAGGAUAACCGCUGAGGAGGCAAGCUACCGCGAAGGACCUCCAUUGGAGAGCGAGGCUUUGGGAAGAUAUGCGCCGAUCUUCCUGGACUUUCCGGCCCUUCAAAGUCCCCUGCGGCAACAGCAGGAGUACGCCCUGGACUUGCCCUUCGAGGAGAAGCCCCUGGAGUUUGACAGUAUCCUGGCUGCCUUCUAUUAG